AUGGCAACACCGUUUGAGGACUUCAAUGAGGAUUUGUCUCUCACAAGUCAAGAGGAAUGCGAGAACUCCGCACGUUCGAUUCUUGCUAAGCUCCGACCAGAAUGGACUCCAUCUGAGAUCACGUUUGAGUAUUUCUCCGUUGGAAUCACUAAUAAGAUCUUCUCCGCUGGAUUUGGGACUGAACAUGUGAUCUUUCGUGUUUUCGGUCAUAACACAAGCAAGGUCAUUGAUCGGGAGAACGAGGUGACCGCGUGGAGACAAUUGGCAGAACAUGGGUUUGCAGCUCCUCUCUAUGGAAAGUUCAAAAACGGGCUCAUUUGUGGAUUUUUGGAAGGAAAGAGUUUAAAGAUCGAAGAGAUGAGGGACUCCCGUUUCCAUGUGAACAUUGCCAAGCGAAUCGCCCAACUUCAUACAUCAGUGCCAAAUGAUGGCAAAGCCCGAGUUUUCGACAAGAUGAGAACGUUCCUGAAACAACUUGAUCCGAAGUUUGAGAAGAGUUGUCAGCAGGAAUUUUUCGAUAAGAAAUUCCCAAAAGACUUGGAGGCUGAAAUAAAGAACAUCGAGAGCUUGAUAGUAAAAUUGAAAGAACCAAUUGCAUUCUGUCACAACGAUCUCCUUGUUCACAAUAUUGUCUACAACUCGGAAAAGAAAUCAAUUGAAUUCAUCGACUACGAAUAUGCUUUUCCCAACUACGCUCUGUUUGAUAUCGCCAACCACUUCUGCGAGUAUGCAGGAGUCGAAGGAACACCAGACUACUCGAAAUGUCUGACAAAGGACGAGAAAUGGCUCUUCAUCAAUGACUAUCUCCGUUUCGGAAAAGAAAAGGAGCAUUGUGAUACUCGAAUUGCUUCAAUGUUCAAGAACUUGCCACUAUUCGAAGCCGCUGCACAUUUGUUCUGGGCCGUUUGGGCGCUAGUUCAAGCACAAAACUCAACUAUCGACUUUGAUUAUUUGACAUAUGCCUAUGCACGUUAUCAACAGUACGAAAAACGCUAUCAGAAGUACAUUACUGGAACCCAACACUAA